CCCCCCUCUGCCGAGACCGCCGGGGUCGGGGUCCCUGCCCCUCCCCGGGGAGGUGGGCCAGUGACGUCACUACCCCUUUAAGACCCCCGCCUCCGCCCCUAUCUGCGCACUCGGCCUAGGAAUCUCGCUGGCUCCUGUUGCAGUGCAGCUGCUUCACCCUCGCCAUGGCCUCCGUCGGUCUGCAGAUCCUGGGGAUCGUCCUGACGCUGCUGGGCUGGGUGAAUGCCCUGGUGUCCUGCGCCCUGCCCAUGUGGAAGGUGACCGCCUUCAUUGGCAACAGCAUCGUGGUGGCCCAGGUGGUGUGGGAGGGGCUGUGGAUGUCCUGUGUGGUGCAGAGCACCGGCCAGAUGCAGUGCAAGGUGUACGACUCGCUGCUGGCGCUGCCCCAGGACCUGCAGGCCGCCCGCGCCCUCUGCGUCAUCACCCUCCUGGUGGCCCUGCUGGGUUUGCUGGUCUACCUCGCUGGGGCCAAGUGCACCACGUGCGUGGAGGAUAAGGACUCCAAGGCCCGCCUGGUGCUCACCUCCGGGAUCAUCUUUAUCAUUUCGGGGAUCCUGACCCUGAUCCCCGUCUGCUGGACGGCCCACAGCAUCAUCCAGGACUUCUACAACCCGCUGGUGGCCGAGGCACAGAAGAGAGAGCUGGGGGCCUCGCUCUACCUGGGCUGGGCAGCCUCGGGCCUUUUGUUGCUGGGCGGGGGGCUGCUGUGCUGCACGUGCCCCUCUGGGGGGUCCCGGGGCUCCAGCCAUUACAUGGCCCGCUACUCAGCGUCUGGCCCGAAUGCCACCUCCCGAGGGCCCUCUGAGUACCCCACGAAGAAUUAUGUCUGACGGGCAGGGGAGUGAGGGCCCGGAGCCGGAGUAGUCCGCCCAUGCUGUCGGACAGGUCUGGAGUCCCGUCUUUUUGUUUUUACGGUUCACUCUUUUCUUUGCAGGGGGGAGGGGGGUGUCUUUAACGUCUACCUGGUAACGAACCCCAGGAGCAGGGCUCAGGCUCCCACCAGGGCCUUUCUUGCUUCUGGAUCCUUCUGUACCCUGGACAGCCUCACCUUGGAAGCCAACCUGGAGCUGUGGAACUGGUGUGAAAGCUGCUGCUGUCCUGGCUCUGUGACAAGGCGCCCUGGCCCAGAAAUUCCUGCUGCUGUUGGGGCCGCGCCACUGUGGACCAGCAGGGACGGCAGCACCCCCAUGCCUCCCCGGGGCUCUCCUGUCACCCCGGAAGAAGAGCAGGGAAUGUUACCGGAGGACUGUCCACCUCUACAUCUGACCCCAGGCUCCUCCGUCCCUCACUCGUCCCCUCCUGGAGUCAGGACCGGGCAGAGCUCUGGACACACACACCCCGCUCACUCUACAUCUGACCCCGGGCUCCUCCGUCCCUCACUCGUCCCCUCCUGGAGUCAGGACCGGGCAGAGCUCUGGACACACACACCCCGCUCACCUCCAGCCUGCACGUUUCCCCCACGCCCCGUCUCUCACAAGUGUGGCUGAAUAAAGGCAGUCUGGUU